AUGCUUCCUCUCUUCAAUCUUUUAUUGGUCGCAUCGAUAUUGCCCUCGGCCUUGGGAUGGCCGACACCAAAUGCCCCGACCAUUGUCAUCCCAAAGCCGAACGCGACUGUGAUCGGCGCUUCGGCAAAUAAUGUUGACAGCUUCAAUGGCAUACCAUUUGCAGUGCCUCCGACCGGCUCUCUUAGAUUGAAGCCUCCUCAGCCAAUUCAGACAUCACUGGGCACGAUCCAGGCCACUGCUGCUGCGAGGUCUUGUCCGCAAUUUUUGUCCAGCACUGCCAAAGGCAAUCUCCCGAAUUCAAUCUUGGCAAAGGUCGCCAAUAUCCCGAUCUUUCAGGAGAUCGCCAACUCUGGUGAAGAUUGUCUCACGCUCAAUGUUCGGAGGCCAGCGGACACAAAAGCCGAUGCAAAGCUACCAGUCCUGGUGUGGAUUUAUGGCGGAGGGUUUGAAACCGGAUCGACAACAAACUACGAUGGCGCAAGCCUGGUGGCGGCGUCUGUGUCACUGGGUAUGCCCGUCAUCUAUGUGGCUAUGAACUAUCGCCUCGGAGGGUUUGGAUUUUUACCCGGGGCCGAGGUUUUGAAAGAUGGGUCCGCCAACCUUGGCCUAUUGGAUCAACGUUUAGCCUUGCAAUGGGUUGCAGACAAUAUUGAAUCCUUCGGUGGCGAUCCGCAAAAGGUUACUAUCUGGGGUGAGUCGGCUGGAGCCGUGUCUGUCUUCGAUCAAAUGGCAUUAUAUGACGGUGACAUCAACUAUAACGGUGCGCCGCUGUUCCGAAGCGCGAUAAUGAACUCCGGCAGCAUUGCGCCGGCAAACCCCGUCGAUGGUGUGAAGGGCCAGACUGUAUAUGAUACUGUGGUUAGCAACAGUGAUUGCAAGGGAGCAUCCGACACACUCUCCUGCCUUCGAGGACUGGAUUAUUUCAAGUUCCUGAACGCCGCGAACUCAGUUCCAGGAAUUUUGGGCUACAACUCCGUUGCUGAAUCAUAUCUGCCACGACCUGACGGCAAGCUUCUGACUGCUUCGCCUGAACAAUUGGUAAUUAAUGGAAAGUAUGCAGCAGUCCCAUUCAUCAACGGAGACCAGGAAGAUGAAGGAACCAUCUUUGCUUUAUACCAGAGAAACCUGACGACUACGAACGACAUCGUCGACUAUUUCCAGAACAUCUACUUCUUCGACGCAACUCGUCAACAAAUCACCGAUCUGGUCUCAACAUACAAAGAUGACAAAGAAGACGGCUCGCCAUUCCGUACUGGCAGUGAGAACAACUGGUAUCCACAAUUCAAGCGCCUGGCAGCCCUCCUGGGUGACCUUUCCUUUACUCUCACCAGGAGAGCCUUCCUCAACUCCGCCCACAAAGCAAAGCCCGAUGUGAAGUCCUGGUCCUAUCUUUCAUCAUAUGGUCACAAUCUGCCUUUCCUCGGGACCUUCCACGGAUCAGACAUCUUGCAACUAUUCUACGGCAUUCAGUCAAACCACGCAUCGAAGGCAAUGCACACAUACUACCUUUCCUUUAUCUAUGACCAGGACCCUAAUUCCAGGGCGGGAAACUACAUGGACUGGCCACAGUGGAGCGGCAAUCAUUCUCUCAUGCAAUUUUUCGAUGAUCGCAGUGCUUUGUUGGCAGACGACUUCCGGCAGGAUAGCUAUGAAGUCUUGACGAAGGAUUACGCAUCUUUCUACAUCUGA